AUGGCCACGCUCGACUAUCUCAAGCAGGCCUUAGUGCGAAGCGCCAACAUCAAACCUUCCGUCACCUCUUCCAGGGAGCCCUUGACCGACGAACAAUAUGCGGCAGGCUUCGAAACCUUCGUCCAAGGACCCAGUUGGGCGAUCUACCGCGACUUCAUCAUCCCAGAACUAUCCUACCUCCUAGCUCCUGCACACCAAUCAGAGAAGUUGAUCUCGGUUCUGGAGAUCGGCCCGGGCCCCAAGAGCAUUCUCGGGCAUCUACAUAGAAGCCUGCGAAAGAGGAUUGGGAAGUACACCGCUUUUGAACCCAAUGCCUUGUAUGCUCUGAAGCUGGGAAAGUGGUUGCAGGAUCAUGAGAAGACGGAUACAACCUCAAAAGCUCCGUUUCCUUGCUUGGAGAGUAAUCCUGUCAUCUACCGUACUCGUUUCGAUCCGGAUUGUGACACGCCGAGUGGUGCCGAUAUCGAGAAGUACGACAUCGUUCUCUUUUGUCACAGCAUGUACGGUAUGAAGCCGCAAGACAGUUUCAUCAAGCACGCGUUGAACAUGCUCCUCGAUGAUGGAAUCGUCGCAGUUUUCCGUCGUGAGGGUAUUUUCCACAUCGACGGCUUGGCCUGCCACCAUUCGGCUUCCUAUCCCACCGGUUUCGUUGGCGUAGCAGAUAAAGAUGACGCACUGUAUAUAUUCGCAUCUUUCGUCGCUGGCUUCACCAUGCAAGACACCGACGAAGACAACGCUGUUCUAGCAAACUGGCGAAAGCUAUGUCGUGAUCUUGCCCACCGUGAUGACGGCCAUCCCUCAACCCUUCUAUUCUCCGCACCUGAAGUCAUGUUGGUUUUCAAUCACCACGCAGACAAAGUGGAGGAAUUGGAGAUGCGUGUGGGUCCGAUGCUAGAAGAGAACCCGGUGAAGAACCAACAAGCUCGUCUACAACGCCCCGCCGCUAUCGUCAGGCCAGAUACUAUUGAGAAGGUGCAAGAUUGCGUCCAGUGGGCACUCAAGCACGGCCUUGGCCUGACUGUUGUCGGUGGAGGACACAGCGCACAUUGCCACAGAUCCAAUGUGGUGGCAAUCGACAUGAGUGCUUUCGACUCCCUACAUGUACUCAAGAAGGUUGGGGAUGAAGAGGACCAAGACGCUGUCUUCACUCCACUUGCAGUCGUUGGGGCUGGAUGCACGACAGUCAAUAUCAUCAGCAAAACUCUGAAUGAGGACCUCACUGUACCUCUAGGAUCUCGUCCAAGUGUUGGAGCCGGACUCUGGCUACAAGGUGGUAUAGGCCAUCUUACGAGGAUGUACGGCCUCACCUGCGACAACAUUGUCGGCGCCGUACUCAUCAGUGUGGCUUCUGGAGAGAUCUUCUAUGUCGGCCGUGUGCCAAGCAAGUACCUUCCAAAGGAGGCUCGUCGCCCAGAGAAUGAAACCGACAUCCUUUGGGCACUGCAAGGUGCCGGCACGAACUUUGGUAUCGUACUCAGCGUAACACUUCGCGCCUAUAACGCCCACUCGUUUGUCACGCGAAACUGGGUAAUCCCUUUGAGCGACAAUGCCGAAGCCAAACGCAAACUUCGGGAGUUCGACGAGAUAGUCGCAAAUGGAUGCAGCGAGUUCUGUUCCGCCGACGCAUACCUGUAUUGGGAGGAUGAACGACGCAUCUUCCCCAUCGCCGACGACUAUCAUGUCAAAGCGCAAAGGCGAUAUAUGGGGAACCGCUAG